AUGAAAUACGCCCUCAUCUCCAUGCUGGCCCUAUCCGGCGCCACCCAAGCAGCAGCCAAAACCAUCUACGCAGCCAGCUACGCCGGCCCCAUCUUCGAGCUCUCGCUCACCCGCGCCGCCAACAACAACAGCUUCUCCCUCAGCGAAGUCUCCCGGACCCUCGACUGCGGCUCCAACCCGAGCUGGCUGGCGCUCGAAAAGGCGACGGGCACGCUCUUCUGCGCCAACGAGGCCUACACGCUGCCCAACACGGGAUCUCUGUCGUCCUUCUCCACCAACAAGGCAGAGGAUUCUUCCUCCCUGAAUCUCCUCGAUAAUGUGACUACGGAUUAUGGGCCUGUGCAAGCUAUUUUCUUUGCGCCGAACCGCCUGGGGCUGGCGCACUAUGCCGGCGGCGCCGUGUCGGUCUGGGAUACGACGGAUCCGGGCCGGUUGGUUGAGCUGCAGAGCUUUCACUACUUCAUGGAUGCGCCGGGUCCUAAUGCCACGCUGCAGGACAAGCCCUACCCACACGGGAUCGUAGCCGACCCAACGGGCCGCUUCGUCGUCGUCCUAGACCGCGGCGCCGACGUGCUGCGCACCUACGCCGUGGGCCGGGACGGCCGACUCCUCGAGCUAGGCGCGCAUUUCACAGCGCCGGGCAACGGCCCCCGCCACGGCGUGUUCGCCAAAGGCCCCUCCGAGAAUAGCAAGACGUUCUUCUACGUGCUGGGCGAGCUGACCAACUCGCUGUUCGGCUUCGAGGUGCUGUAUAACGUUAGCGACGGCGAUGGCGAGAGUGGGAGUGGGAUGGGGGGUAUAAGCUUCCGCCAGUUCUACAACGACAGCACAUACCAAACCGGCUUCGGCUCCGGCUCCGGCACCACCCUACCGGCCGAGAUCGCCGUCGCCGAGGGCGGCCGGCACCUGCUGCUGUCGACGCGUGCCGACGGGCGCAGCGCCUACCUAAACAACACGAGCGACACCAUCGUGUCCUACGGCGUCGACCUCGACACCGGGACGUUAUCACUUAUCAAGCUGACGGCGUCGGGCGGCGCGUGGCCACGGACGUUUGCCGUCAGUGGCGACGGGACGAUGGUCGCGGUGGCGGACCAGUAUAGCGUGCCCGGCCGGCUGGUUGUGUUUAAGAGGGAUCCGGAGACGGGCGUUGUGGAUGAUGGGGUGGCGCUGGCGGUGUGGACUACGGAUUUGGCGCUGCCGGAUGGGCAGAGCAUAUCGUGUGUGCUGUGGGAUGAGUGA